AUGUCAAUAAAUUCUAUUGAAAAUUUAUCGAAUGAAUUUUUUGUUGAACUAUUUGAUUAUCUUGAUGGUAUUGAUAUAUAUAAUGCAUUUUCAAAUCUUAAUCAUCGUUUUCAACAACUUCUCAAUUCAUCAUUUCUUCUAUUUAAAAUUAAAAUUGAUUCACCAUCUGAUGAGUUAUACACAAAAAUCUAUGAACAACUUAUACUUCUUAAUAAACAUCAAAUAUAUUCAUUUUAUCUAUGCAUAUCAUCACAUAAUGAACAAUUUUUCUCAUCGUUUUCGAUUGAUUCAUCAUUGGAUCAUUUGGAAUCACUUAUUCUUAGUGAAAUUGAAUCAACUAUACUUAUCCAACUUUUGUCCAAAUUAACUUAUUUAUCUCGUUUAUUCUCAUUAACAAUCAAUAUGUUAUAUGAUUCAAUUCAAUUAACUGAUAUUUAUCAAUUAAUUUUUGCAUUACCAAAACUGAAAUAUUUGAAAUUUUCAACAGAAGAUUCUGAUAUAAAUAUAUCACUACCAUUUUCUCUUAAAAAUCAAUUCAGUACUAUUGAAUAUCUUAUUAUUAAUCAUUCUUGUACUUUUAAUGAACUUUCAGCUAUAUUGUCUUAUACACCUCAACUUAGUCGUUUGAAUUUUGCACAUACAAAUGAUAAUAAUUCAAUCAUUACAAAUAUAUUACCAAUAAGAUUAUCAAAUUUAUCAUAUAUUUCUUUAAAUGUACAUUAUAUAAAAUUUGAUGAAUUUAUAAUAUUUAUUAAAAAUUUAGAUUGUAAAUUACAAAUUUUACAUUUUACUACCUGGUCUGAAGAUAUGACUUAUCUAGAUGCUAAUCGAUGGGAAGAAUUAAUUUUAAAAUAUUUACCUCAAUUAGAAAAAUUUUAUUUUCAAUAUUAUGAACAGAUUUAUAAUGCAUAUGACUCUUCAACAUAUCUUGAAAAUUUUAAUCAUUUUAUUUCAUCAUUUUGGAUUGAAAAAAAAUGGAUAUUUGAAACUGAAAUGGAUUCAUUUGAACUUAUCUAUAGAAUUCAUCCAUAUAAAGAAAGAUGGUAUGAUAUUAAUUCAUCCAUUGAAUAUUCAAAAUCUACUCAACUUAUUUUUACUUAUUCUCCUUGUAAUGAAUAUUCACAAUUAUCAAUGAUUGAUAUUCAUGGUAUUUUAAGAGUAGCACAAUUUUAUCAUUUAGAUAUUGAACAAGAAACUAUUGAUUUUAUAACAUUAAUGGACAUAAUAUAUAUAUUAUCUGAACUUGAUUCAUUAAAAAUUUAUUCUUUAUCAUUAUCACCAAGAACAUGUUCAUCUACAGAAAAAAUACUUCAUCGUUUUAUAUCAAAUAAAAAUCAAAUAAGAAAAAUUUAUCUAGAACAAAUGAAUGAAAUUGAAGAAGUUUAUUUUCUCAUUAAAUUUUGUCCUCGAAUAAAUUAUCUUCAAAUCAAUAAUAUUAAUACUAUGGAUAUUGAAUUAUUUAUUAAAAAAAUUUUAUAUAAAAUUAAUAAUGAUUGCAAUCAAUAUCUUUAUACACUAUGUCUUCGUAUUCCAACAGUAGAUGAUAGAAUGCUUGAAAAAUUAAAAGAUAUAAUUAAUUCGAACAAACUUCUUGUUUGUUAUACAAUCAAACGUGUAUUUGAUGUUAUUUAUUUGCAAUGGAAAAAUGAUUAUCAUCAAGAUUUAAUAUAA